CUACAUGAUAGUACAUUGUGUUAUUUCAUAGUUUUGAUAUCUUCACUAUUAUUAUAAUGUAGAAAAUAGUCAAAAUAAAGAAAAACCCAUGAAUGAGUAGGUGUGUCCCAACGUUUGACUGGUAGUGUAUAUAUAUUUUCUCAGUUCAAGAAGUCUUAAUGAUUUACAUGUAACAUUUCUGAAUAGGUUUUUCAAUGUUUUUAGGGUAUCCAUCUAUCAAAUGAUAACAUUAAAAUGUGGUUAUCUUGGAUGCAGUCUGUCUGUGUUAGCUAACAUCACACUGAAGCUCUUCCUCAUUUGAGUCAAACGAGUUAACUUCAAGCCAUGUCUACUGACUGGGUGUUUCCUGUGUGUGGCAUUAUAAUUUUCACUGGCUUUGAUCCGGCCUCAAAGAACCAUAAGUGCCUUCUUUACUGAAUGCCCUCACAGAGGAUAUCACAUUUGAUCUACUGCUGAGAUGACUUUACAAUUCCAAGAUGUAUUUUGGGGAGUGGAUUUCAUCAGUAAUGUGGGAUAUGAGGCUCUCAUCCAGAGACUCUGUGAGGGUCGACGGAUGUGCAAAGACAUGGAGGAGCUCUUGAAGAUGAGGGCAUCUGCUGAAGAGAGAUAUGGCAAGGAGUUAGUGAUGAUUGCACGCAAGGCAGGGGGUCUCUGUGAGAUCAGCACUUUGAGAGCAUCCAUUGACCAACUCAAAGUCCAAAUUGAGAACAUUGGGAACCUACACAUACAGCUCUCUGGGAUGUUAAAGGAAGAGGUUAAGAGGAUGGAACAGUUCAGGGAUCGACAGAAAGAGCAGAGAAAAAAGUUUGAAGGUGUCAUGGACAAGGUUCAGAAGAUAAAGGUGUCUUUAUAUAAGAAAACAAUGGAGUCUAAAAGGUCCUAUGACCAAAGGUGCAGAGAGGCAGAUGAGGCAGAGCAAGCUGCUGAGAGGAUGAGCAGUGCAGCCACCACCACACCCAAGCAGGCUGAAAGGAUGCAGAACAAGUCUAAGCAGUGCAGAGAGGCAGCAGGAGAGGCAGAAAAACAAUACAUGUCAAACAUUGAACAGCUAGACAAGAUUCGCCAAGAAUGGGAAACUACACAUGAGAGCACAUGUGAGGUCUUUCAGCAGCAGGAGGGAGAUCGUAUCAACAUCCUAAGGAAUGCCAUCUGGGUCCACUGUAACCAAUUCUCAAUGCAAUGUGUCAAAGAUGAUGAGUGUUAUGAGGAUGUGAGGAAAACUCUAGAACUGUGUGACAUCACGGUAGACAACAACUGCUUUGUUGAGAUGAAAAGCACUGGCUCAAGUCCACCAGCUCCCAUUGUGUUUGAGAACUACUAUGAGAGGGAGCCCUCGACAGACACCAAUGGCAGUGCCCGCUUUGUAGGAGGAGUUAUGAAGAGGUUUUCAAACCUUUUGCAAGGCAACUCCUCGGCUGGCUCCAAAAUGAACAUCAAUGACUGUUCACAGCCAUUAGCCCCACCUACUGCCGACACAUCAGAUGGAGUGUACGCCUCCAUUCCUGGAUUUCAGCCAGUUGAGCCAACCAUCUCAGAGAGCAGAGAGAAGUACCAGGCGCUAUAUGACUAUGAGGCUCAGAGUGCGGGUGAGCUGUCCAUGUCUGGAGGGGAGAUGGUGGUGGUCAUUGAGCAGGGUGUGGAUGGCUGGUGGACUGUGGAGAGGAACGGCCUGUCAGGACUGGUCCCUGGAUCCUAUCUGGCCAAAUAAUGAGCUCCUCUUGGCACAAGUAGUAAGGCUGGAAGGCCCAUAGCAUAGCCCUACCCUGCAUAUGUCUUAGACUAUUUCCUCUAAGUCUAACAGUGCUGAUAAUGUUAGCUCAGUCUUGGCUAUACUGUAUGUGUUGUUGAGUGACCUCACUGACCUGAGACCAUGGCUUUAUCUAAUGAUGGAGAUUAUUAAUUUAUUUGUUGUCAAGAUGGAAAGAGAUGUGCACUUACCUGUUUUACUUUCCUCUCAAGUCAACAGGCAAUACAGUUUGUGUUGUUGAACAAUCCUACUGUCGCCAGGACAGCUGCAAAAUGAAGCACUCUAGUUUUUACAUUUGGUUAAGUUGUCAACUAAGGUGAAUUCAAAGUGAAAUCAACAAAAAAAAUGUCACUGUCAUUGGAUUAAGGUUCAAAUAAAAAAUUGCCUUACGUU